AUGUCUACAAGCGACUUGAUAACCAAACUCGAGCAUCUACGAGCCGAAUCCAACUGGGUAGACAGAGCACUUCAAUCGCGAGCAUACACAGACUCCAAAAUCCUCCUCCCGAGUCUCAACUGGGAAGAUCUCAUAUCGGACCAAGUAACCGAAACCACACCCAAGCCGUCGGCCAGCCUACGCGACUUGCAAAUCACCACCACCAUAAUCGCCAAUGAUGAAAAAAUCGUGCACGCGAUCAAGGAUCUCAUUGCGACAAUCGACAAGUAUCGCAGACACCAGCGCACCACGACGGAGAUCUUGCUUUCUCGCAACGCCAAAAUACAGGAGUUGGAGCAGCGCGUGAGGGACUUGGAGAAACAAAACGACAGAAUGGACGUGCGGAAUCGAGAUGAGAAAAAUGAUCAAGUUGCGAUGGUGAAGGAGAACCAGCGUUUGGUUCACUUGAACAAGAUCCAGGCGCGCAAGUUGCAGCUGAUGGUUUCGUGGGCUCAGGAUCUCAAAGCGCAGCAUCGGGUGGAUUGCAAGCGGCGCGAUCUUGAGAUUGGAAGGUUGAAAAAUAAGCUUGUCGAAAAGAGACAGUUGAGUUCGACUGUCGAGUUUGGGAUCCCAUUGAGUUUGAAUCUGGCACAGGAGAGAAAUAAUAUCGCUGAUGAUGUUGGUGGUGUUGAUGAUGAUGGUCAAGUUGAAGGGAUUUUUCUUGGUAGUGGUGGUGGUGGUGAUACCGCGGUUGCAAAAGUUGCAUCGGGGCCUAGCUUGGCUCAGAUACAAAGAGUCAUAGCUAAAGAAAAUGCCAGCUUUACCCUGAGCCUAAUGCGGAUUGUUGAAAGUAUCGCUAGUGAGAAUUACAAACUUUGCAAAUUUAUUCAUUGCGUCAAAGACUACAUAACAGUGACGAGUGCUGAACUUUCCAAUUUGCGCAGCCUGGGUAGUGCCACACUCCCGAAUCCCUCGGAUUUGAUCGAUCUAGAUGAGAUCAACAGAGACGAUGAUGCGGCAAUGCAGAAUUACUACAAUGAAAUGGAAAACUCAGAGGCGAUAGAAAGACCGCUUUUGAAUGAGUUAUAUAAGAUAUAUCAUAUUUUCGAAGACAUCGUUGAAGCAUUGAAUAACCCCGGAUUCACUCAGAAUUACAACGAGGUGAUUGAAAAGUUGCAAAAUGACAUGAAGCAAAUGGAAAAGAACUGGAAAGACGCGUUGCUGACCUCCGAAGUGUGGAAAAAGUUGGCAAAACAAAAACAACAAAAAGACAAAUAA